UUUAUGCUUACAAGCGCAGCAGUACAGUUUUAUACCAGAGCGUUGCCAAGAGGUGCAAGUUAGUUCCAGCGUACUUAUAGAGAUUCAAGAAUCACCUGUUAUAAUAAGUGUUUAAAAACAGUCGGGAAAUUAUUUUUUAUCUGCGGGGAAAGGGAUAUUACUUUUUUUUAAGGUGGAAGGAGGGAUACAUUUAUCCAAAAUGACGAUCAAGGACGCAUUUAUGGAAGCGUGGAAGCGGAAUUUUGGAGAGUUUCCUCCACCUGGGCUGCUGUUUCUACUGGAGACCACCGCUGCCGAAGCGCUCUCGGGAGGCAAGCGGCAACUCUCGGACAUCCAGGUAAUGGAGGACGACCUGAAACUCUGCAAGAGCCGCAUCUUCAAACUUCGCAGUGAGAUCCGGAGGGAGAAAUACUGCCAGUCCUGGAUUGCCAAGGAAAUCAUGAAGCGUCAGAGGGCAGAGGAGGGUUUGGAAUCGGUGGGAUCGGAUGAAACCAACAGCAUCGAUCUCGACAGCGAGGAUGGUUUGAGGAGCGGAGACGAGAGCCACGAUAGCGAUGCGGAUAUGAUAGAACAUCUUUCCUUCGAAAUUCGGGACAUUCCAAAGAUAAUGCCUAUUGUGCCCCCAAGACCAAAACCGACUCGUUCAAAUACCCUCACCCAGGACACCAAGACUCCUCUUCCCACGAAUGAGGAUGAAGACAGUGACAGUAGUGGUGACUAUGAAAACGUGGCUUAUAUAUUGGCCACCAGAGAAAAUGAACGUAGUUUAAGUCCACUUACCCAUGAGAGCAGGGACUCUGAUACUGACUUUAACAAUGGCAACUUUGAGGUUAUGCGUUCCGGAUCUUUUGGAAGUAGCCUGGAGGAUAUGAACAUUACCACGGAUAAGAAACUCCACAUUUUGAGCAACAGAUCAGGCGGUUACCUGCCCCCGUCUCCACAGUCUGCACCUCGAUCUCCGAUGGUAGACUUCGAUAAGUUCAGUGAGCAGGGUUACGAGAGCUCAAGCACCACAGAAGAUGCCUUGGGAAGCGCAGGAGCUCUGUCUUCAGAUUCUGCAAGCCUAAGAUCGGUGGGUUCCGUAGAAGACAAAGAUGUGGAUACAGCUAUUACCAGACCCAACGAUAUCAACAUCACUUUCACGGACAAUGAACAGCACCCUUCCCUUCGUGAUUCGCCUCGUGCUCCUACAACACCGAGCCGGAGUGAUUCAAUAAAGCUUUCAACACCAGAGGUGGAGAAGUUGAGCAUCAGGAGACUGUUAUUGGUUGGCAUUCUGGAGAGUGAGCAAAAAUACAUCAAAAGCCUGGAAAUUCUGCAACAGGUAAUGAAGACAUUCAAAGGCAGCAUCAGAACCUCCGACCCCGUCAUGACUGACGAGGAAUACGACACCAUGUUCUUCAGGAUACCGGAGCUCUUUAACGUUCAUCGUCAGUUUGUCAAUCACAUGGAACCCAAGAUGAAGGAAUGGACUCCAGAACAGAUGCAGGGAGACUCUUUCAAACUUCUGGCGAGCCAUUUUGACAUCCAUGAAGAAUACAUCGCCAACUACAAGCGUGCCAUGAGCACCUUGCAGCACCUUCAAUCGGAGAACGAGCUGUUCCGCAACAUUGCCCAGCAGGCACUCAAGCUAUCGUCAGGAGAGAUGUACACUCUAGAGGCUAUGCUAUACAGCCCCCUACAAGGGAUCACCAAGCUGACCAUGAUCCUCAACGAUCUUCUAAAGCACACUCCAGAGCAUCAUGAAGAUCACAGUAUUCUGAGCCAGGUUCUUGAGAAGACCAGGAAGUUCUUCAAACAAGUUGAUGAAGCUACGAGAGAGAUACACAGCACAAAACAGAAGCGAGAGUUGCUACGUCAGGGUUACCUGGUUGAAUGGACAGAGGGAGGACGUAAACUAAGGAGGGUACUCCUCUGGUCCGACCUCAUCAUCUGUGCUUCCAAGAAAAACACAAGUGGCAUGUUCCAACGCGACCGAGGUCAGUACGACUUCCAAUGGUACAUCCCUCUCACCGAACUGUCCCUGACACCGAAUGAUCGAUGCGAAGCUGAACCAGAUGUAGUUGCUAAGAGUGAUGCUGAGUUGAGACAGAUGAAGAAGGACAUCUCAGAACUACAGGAGAAAAUCAAGAGGGACAAAGCAGCAAAACAAUCAAACGCUAUCAAGAAGAGCAUCGAACAGAAGAGGAAACAAGCAGCAGAGUUGGAGGUAGGAUACGUUCUGGAAUCACCCAAUCUUCCAUUCCAUUUAUACCAUCAUUCAGGAAAGACCUACACCAUUUUGAUGUCGUCGGACUAUGAGAGAUCGGACUGGAAGGACUCCAUCUUGUCAGCGAAGAGGGAGUGCAGAAUCACGCCCUCUAUCACCCCGUACCACGUCAGCAAGCUCAUACCAAAGACAAGAAGGGGUCGGGAUUCAUACGUCAACAUAAGCUCGGUCCUGUUGAAAGACAAUGAUGAACUGCUUACUGGUAUGCUGCAUGUGACAGUGAAAGAAGCUCGAGGGUUAACAGUCCCAUCCCAGCUGUAUUGUUGUCUAGAGACUGAUGCAUAUGGAAUCUUCUCUCGCAUGGCAAAAACUAGGAAGACGGCAAAUACAAUCACACCGAAGUGGAAUGAGGAGUUUGCUCUGGAUGUGGAUGGGGCAAGGACUCUGAGGAUUCUGUGUUACGACUUCACCAAGGGUCUUGAUGAUGAGAUGUACGACAAGGGUGCUGUCAGUCUUACCAAGCAGAAUAUUAGCAGUCCAGGAGGCAUGGAUUGCACCAUACAGAUGGACCAGCUCCAAGUUGAUGUGACGGUGCGCUUCGAGACAUCAGAGAGGACACUGAAGCGAGUCCAGUCCAGGAAGAAGAUGGGCGUGUUUGGGGUGCAUGUUGGUACCUUGGCACACCGACAGGGCAAGAACAUCCCCAACAUCAUCACAUUAUGUGUGGAGGAGAUCGAUAGGAGAGGUGUCCAUGAGAUGGGAAUCUAUAGAAUAUCAGGAUCAUCUGCAGACAUCCAGAAACUGAAGAAAGCCUUUGAACAAACAUUCCAUGACCUGUGUGAAAUUUCUGAAUCUGAUCGGCGUAACAUUACAGCUAUGUUGAAGCAGAGUGAUAUCCACGCAGUGGCCGGUCUUCUGAAAUCCUACCUCAGGGAGCUCCCCGAGCCCCUCUUCACUCACGUUCUAUAUCCCCAGUUUGUAGAUGGACUCCAAUUGACUGAUCCUGUUGCAAAGAAGAAGUGCUUCUUGUCCCUGCUGAAGAAUGUAGUCGAACCCAAUAGAACAAUCAUCUUCCUCAUCUUCAACCAUCUCAGGAGAAUCGCCAAAGAAGAAGAGAAGAACAAGAUGAACCUCCACAACCUGUCAACGGUAUUUGGUCCCACGCUGCUCGGUCCUGCCGCGACCAUCAGCGCGACGGGUAAGCCUGACAUCCUGGCCGAGAUCAUGGGCAUGUCUAGCGUCAUCUCGCAGGUCGGCAUCCUCCAUUACUGCUUGGAGCACUUCAGCGAAUCGGUGGAAAUCCUGGAGACUGACCUAUGAGAACUGACCGUUUGGUCCUUACCAAUUUGAAAGUUUGGCAUCCUACAAUAUUGCUUGGAGAGUUUCAGUGACUUGGCUGAUAUCAUGGAGAUGGACCUCCGAGAAUGUGGCGGCAAACUGACCGAUCAGCAUGUGUCCAUUUGACUUUAAUAUUGAGGCCAGCAGAGUAAAUUGAGAGAUACCAACUUUCAUCCCUUAAGACAUGGUAUUGGUUAAAGGAGAAUAUAGACUGCCUUAGGUGGAUCAUUCACAGUAUGAUAUGCAUAGCAAGGAAAAGUAGUUAGAAAGGAAAUAUGUGGAAGGACAAAAAAAUAGUAUUGGUAUAAGGGGUAGUUUAUGUUUGUGUGUAGAGAAAAGUUAUAUUUUUAUACAUUUAAAUCAUCUACCUUUGUAUCAGGUUUUGUCAGCAGUGUAGAUAAUCCUGUUUACUCUUGUGUAUUUUCUCAAAGAUUGCAGAAUUCUAAGCAUGUUUCAUAUGUUAUGUUAUGAAUCAUAAUGUAUAACACAUCAUAUUCAUGUUGUAUGAUGAGACUUACAUAUAUCACAUCAAACGUUUUAAAUGCAUCGCAGAAGAAAUCGAGGAAAAAAUAAUGGUAUUGGGUGUGUAAAAAUGGUUUAGAUGGGUUUAUUACUAGGUGUAUUUUUAGUUUACAAAAUAUAGAUCACAUAUCUUUUUAGUUAUUUACAUUGGAAGCAUAUUAGCAUUUCAAGACUGACAGAACAUACUGCUUAGCUGGAGCCAGAUUCGGUAGUACCGUUUUGCAAGUAUUUUAGGCUAAUCAUCCAUCUUGUGGGGAGUAUAUAACUGGGUUUUUCUUUGAAUAGCAUAUUUCUUUUUUAUAUUUCAAUGGACACAUGAUCCAUUUAUUAAUUAAUGUUUUUCCUCAUUUGUCAUCGCUUGAUUUAGAAAGCCAGCAGGUAUGGCAUUUCAUAGAUUAGAAAGUUUGAUAUUAUACAACUCAUUAUUAUUAUUAUUAUUGUUUUGUUGUACGCAAAUACCACAGUAUGUGGAAUGUAUUAGAAUUUUGUAUUUUCAUUGUACUCUAGAAUUGGGUCAAUUUUUAAAUUAUGGUGAUAUGUUUUGUAAAAUGUCUGUAACUUAAGAAGAUUGAUAUGACUUUUAGAAAUCUAGUUAAAUGUAAAUAGAAUAGAGUAUUUGAAGAUCUUUUUUGUGUGUAAAUAUAUAUACAUGUAUAAAUAAAUGUUGAGACAAAUUUUGAUACUAUACAUAUACAUGGGACUUGCAUGUAUACGGACUGUUCUCCUAGAGCAGAAAAGAGAGAAAAAGCAGUGAGUGUUUUGGUCAUGUUUUAUCUUUGCGUUGAAAUAAAUUGAAUUGUUUAGUUUUGUUUGUCUUUGUUUGUGGUAAGCUAGCUUCUUGCUCAUAUACAAUCUUUUGCUGUGUUGCUUUGGGAAGAAAAUUGGAAAGUGUGAAUGUUUCAUGAAAGAUAUUAGAUAAUAUGCUGUCGUCAAAUGUUUAAUCUUUUGUACAAAACGGAUACAAAUCUCUUCCAAAAUCAGAGUAUUAUUUGGUAUGUAACUCACAAGGUUUGAAUGUGUAUUGCAGGAAUAUAAAGAAUGAAUAUAUGUCGUAUUUAAUCUGUAAAAAGCCACGGUGGGAUGUUUCUUCUCACCCUUCAGUAUUUAUUCUCAGUUGUAGAUUUAUUUGAAUAUUACCUUUAAAUAUAAGAAAGAUUCAAUUGCCUUUUUCCAAUCCGAAUGAUGAACAUAUCAUCAUGGAUUGAACAAUUAUUUAAAUAUAUGUUUACUUGCAUUUUUUCUUUCUAUUUACAAUGUAGCAUAUACACAGGUCAAAGUAUGAAACUAAAUACUACAUGUAUUGUCAAAACAAGAGCAAAACACAAGGAAAGACAACAUUGACGGAUAUUUUCAUCCUCUGUUCAUAUGCCUUUUUACCAUUAGACUGUCAUUUGUAUUAAAUAAUAACAAGCCAUAAUAUAAGCAUAUUUUGCCUUUAAAAUGAGAAUACAUCAUGCAUAAUGUAUAAAUACUUUUUUUUCAAACAUUUGUGACGUAGAUGUACAAGCAGGUAUAUUUUGUACCCCAGACAAUUCUUGCAUACUGGUACAUACAUGUACAUCAUUGCAAGUCACGAUUUCUAGUCAUAAUAGAUGCAUGUGGAUAAAGUUAUGAUUAAAGUUGUAACAAAUUUGUUUUUGUUGGUAUUAAACAUUCUGUUUAAAUUUAGAUUGAGUAUACGAUUACAGAAAAUGUAUAUUAUGAUAUACAUGUACAUACUAUUCCAGUUAAAAUACAAGAAAAAUUUCAUUCAUGCAUAUGAAUAAUAAUUUUUUUUUUUUUUUUUUUUUAACGCUCUUGUCACUUUUCAUGCAUACAUGAACUUUAUGAUUUACAUGGCGUUUUGAUUGAAUUAAAAUGUGGGAUUUCAUGUGCUUUUCAUCCGUGACCUUGAUGUGAAAUGUAUGCCAUAAUCAUUUGCAUAAGUAGGGUAUUGAGGUGUCAUUAUUUAUGUAUAUUGUGUAUUUUAUCAUAUAUUAAAGGAGUGCACAUUUUUGGAAGACAUUUCUGCUAAUAAUGACAAAAGUGCCUAUUAGUUUGAACAGUGCAUAAUAUCAAACAAAUUCAACUUAACAAUACUUCCUUUUUUUAAUCCUUUUUAUAACCAUUUACUCCCUAAUUGUGCGAUUUUUUUGUAAAUGUAAUCCUUGUCAAAAUUAGGUGCUUUAUUUGCUACUGGAACAUUUCAUGCCAUUUUUUAAUGUAAAUGACUGCAACAGAUCAUUUUGCAUUUUGUAAUUGUUUUGUGAUGAUUUGAAUAUGUUAUGUUAGAAUAGCAUUAGCAUCUAUACAUGUACUUAUCAAGGACCAUGCAGACCUGUUCAUUUAUGCAAGCCUUGUCAGUGGAAUUAGGAUAUAUGUAUUGCAUUUUGUACUUGGAAAGCAAGCAUACCAUAGUUUAUCAAGCAGUCCAAACAUUCUUAUCCUUUACAAAAGAAUACUGGAAAACCAAUACCAUGGUUUAACAUUAAAUUGAAGGUUGAAUGCUGCUAUUGAAAUACAUGUGCAGGAUGAAAUAAAUCUCUUGGCGAGUGAUUUCUUAGUAAAAUUUAGAUUGGUCAGUGCUAUAUUCUCUGAUGGAAGAAUGUACAUGAUGUUAGUGAAGGAAGCACUUGGAUUUGUAAUAAGGUUUGAGGAUGUUUAUACACACUUCAAGAUUAGAGCAUAUAGCAUUUGAUAGAAUUUCACUGCAGAAUUUAACUUAUUAGUGUGUUUUUUUUAAUUUUUAAUGUGAAGUCAUAUUGUUAUCUUUUAUGUUUGAUGUCAUGGGUGCCCUGUUUGCGUACAUUAUAUACUCAGAAAGGCAGAAAGGAGAAUGUUUAUAUGGACAAUAAAGUCACUACACAUUUGUAUGGAGCUGCA